GACGACUGAAUCACAUUCUUUCCAUGGACAGAGUCGGAAACUCGCGCUCAUCUUCCCCCUACUACAUGAUCUGGAAAGAGGGUCUAGGAACGACAUCGCAACAAUACGAUCGGCACGCAACAUCACUAGGUUGAAUCACAUUCUCUCCAUGGACAUAGGUUCGGAAACUCGCGCUCAUUUUCUCUCCUACUACAUGAUCUGGCAGAGUUUGGAAAGAGGGUAUAGCAACGACAUUAUCGGCACGCAACAUCACUAG